GUGGGAUUUUUCCCAGUGAUUCAGCUUCUCGUGUUGAAUGGCCACCUGCCCUGCUGCUGCAGCAAGCCUUCCUUGCUGCUUUCCCCGCCCCUAGCAACCGUCCCUAGCAACGGUGCGUCGCUGGGGUGGGCGGAGCCGCCCUGAGUGUGUUGCCCGCCUCCUGGGCUCUCCCCUCGGCUUGGCCUUUUACGCGAGGCCGAGGCUUGUGCGGCCUAGUCUGGAAGAGGAUGCUGAAAGUGAAGAUCCUCUUCGUCGGCCCCAGCGAGGCUGGAAAAUCUGUCUUGGCAAACUUCUUGUCAGAAAGCACAGAAGGAAUUGGUAGUUAUAUCCCAACGCAAGGUGUGAGGAUUCUUGAAUAUGAGAAGCCACAGAUGAAUGAGAACAGCAAAGGAUCGGAGUGUCGGUUUGAGCUGUGGGAUUGUGGAGGCGAUCAAAAGUUCGAGACUUGCUGGCCAGCUCUGAUGAAGGAUUCCCAUGGGGUUGUCAUCAUCUUCAACCCAGACGUGCCCAGCCAUGUGAAGGAAAUUGAGAUGUGGCACUCCUGCUUCAUCCAACAGCCACAGUUGCUGGACAGCCAGUGUCUGCUCAUUGCCCAUCACAAGCCUGGCUCUUCAGGAGACACGGGGAAUCUCAACUUGCCUUCCCCGCUGGACAAGCUGCAGCUGAUACACUCCUCCCUCGAAGAAGACCCUGAGGACGUCCGGAUGGAGUUUGUAAAGUACCUCAAGAACAUUACCAACUUGGUGAAUGAGAACCGAGACCGAGAGGAGAUGUCCCUCAUCACUUAAAAGUAGGAGAAAUGUUGUGGUUUCUGUUUCGACCACUUCACUGGCGACGGAAGGGCUGCCCUCUCAGUUUGUCCUGGUGCUUCCCUAUCGAAUAAAACUGAAGCUGAAUGUCUGUUCCUUUUGGCUAUUGGCAAGUGUAAAUAAAAUACAACUUUUUCCCCACCA